CCAUAAGCAAAUGACUGACAUUUCCGGCAAUUAAACUUCAUUCUAUUAUUUCAUGGUUUUCGGUGAUUCACAAUGGCAGGCGUCGUCCUAGAGACUCUGAGCUGGAAGAAACUGAUAUUUCUCGGCGUUGCCUUGUUGGUUUUGCUGGUGACAUUCUUUCUAGUUGGAGGUUUAGUGGCCCCAAAUCCUACGAACUUUGUGCAUGUAAUUGGAACAACCUGUCUCAACAAAGGUGGCAAUAGAAAUCUGACAGACUGGUAUAUACCAAGAGAAAAAGGAGCUUGCAGCAAAGUGGACAUUCAAGAUAUCGAACAUAUUGAACAUGAAAAAGUCAGGGCAAAUCAGGUUGUGUUCUCCUUUUGGCUGCCUCAUCCAAGGGAGGGUGAACAGCUGGAUUUCAGUCGGUGGCAGCAGUUUUUGAUCGGAGUUCUGCAGUUGGACAUAUCAUAUGAUGAGAGAGUAGAACUAAUUGAUGGUUCCACGCUGACCUUGGAUACACGUAUUGGGUAUCGUGACAAGGAAGAUGAUCCGUUGGCCUGGAAACUGCUGGCAGAGUCAUUAGAAGAGAGGAAACUGAACUGCUUUUUGCCAAAGAAAGAGAAGGACUACCAAUACGACUGUGAGAUGCUGUCAUUCUUCGAGCUUGGCAGUCUACACCACGACUACUACCUUGUCAACAUCCGGGUGCCUGUGGACAGUUAUACAGGCAUUAACAUGGACAUAGGGAAAUUAAAUGAUAUCCAUCUAGUGGCUAUAUACCAGAAUGGAGGCUUCACUAAGGUGUGGGUGUCCAUCAAGUCUGUGAUGUUUCCGCUAAUAAUCGCUGUACUUGUUUGGUUUUGGCGCAGAAUUCGCAUGCUGGCGCGACCUCCAAACCUUCUUGAGAGGACUCUGUUUGCUCUAGGCAUUGCUAUGUCUGUUCUCAACUGUCCCCUUGAGUACCUGACCCUAGCCUUCAACAUGCCAUACAUGCUACUGAUCACUGACAUAAGACAGGGCUACUUCUACGCCAUGCUUCUCAGCUUCUGGAUUAUCUUUACUGGCGAGCACAUCAUGGACAAGACAGAGAGGAACAAACUGGUUCUUUACUGGAAGCACCUGCUCGCGGUUGCCAUUGGUUGCUUCUGCCUGCUGCUCUUUGAAUUAACAGAAAGGGGUGUACAACUGACCAAUCCAUUCUUCAGUAUCUGGGUGACGAGUAUUGGAGCUAAGUUGGCUUUGUCGUUCAUCAUCAUUGCGGGCAUCGCAGCUGCUGGUUACUUCUUCUUCCUGUGCUACAUGAUCUUCCUGGUGUUCAGGAACAUCAGCACCAAGAAGCAGGCACUUCCUGCCAUGAGCGGCAGCAGAAGACUCUACUACAUGGGUCUGAUCUACCGGUUUAAGUUCCUGAUGCUGCUGACCCUUGUGUGCUCAGCCCUCACUGUGGUGUUCUUUAUCCUCAGUCAAUUGGGGGAGGGUCAGUGGAUGGGAGAACCCCCCUCCAUACGCUACACUAGUGCAUUUUUCACAGGAGUGUAUGGAAUGUGGAACGUGUAUGUGUUUGGACUUCUGUCUCUCUACGCUCCAUCUCACAAGCAGUUUGAACCACAGACAACUGGAUCUGAUGAGAACAGCCGUGAGGAGGAAGUGCAGCUGACCUAUCUGCCCUCAAGUUCCGAGGGGGGGUCCGUCCUUCAAAACUUUGUUGCCAAGGUUGCUGAGGACUAAAGGCAGUGGAGACAUUGGCGCUUGGUAUCAAAUGGCUCACUUGGGAACUUUGAAAUGUAUUCGGAAAAAUAUGGAUAGACAAACUAUUUGUACACUUUUUCUACAAUCUCAAAUGAUUAAAUAGUAUACUUAACAGAGACUAGUUUAAAACAUUUUAAAUGACCAAUGAUAUUUACAUGCAACACAUAAAACAUCAGGCAUUUUAUGAUUUUUAAAUAAUUAAGGUUACCGUUCAAUACUUUGUGACUUUUGGGCCAGGAGAUAACAAACUGAGAAUGCAUUAACCAUAUGGAAUAUGGCGCUAUGCGUUUGUUUUUGUGCAGUUUUGAAAACUGUGUGUAUUUGAUCCACUGUUUUUAUACCCCCACAAACGAAGUUUAGGGGGAUAUAUAGGAGUGAACUUGUCUGUCUGUCUGUCGGUCUGUCUGUCGGUCCGUAUUAAGUGUCCGCUCUCUAAUUCAAGUAGUUUUCAUCCGAUCUUCACCAAACUUGGUCAGAAGUUGUAUCUAGAUGAUGUCUAAGCCAAGUUCCAACAUGGGCCUUGCCGGGUCAAAAACUAGGUCACGGGGUCACUUAGUGCGUUUUAAACAUUCAACAUGUUGUCUGCUCUCUAAUUCAAGUAGUUUUCAUUCGAUCUUCACCACACUUGGUCAGAAGUUGUAUCUACAUGAUGUCUAGGCCAAGUUCGAACAUGGGCCUUGCCGGGUCAAAAACAAGGUCACGGGGUCACUUAGUGCGUUUUAAACAUUCAGCAUGUUGUCCGCUCUCUAAUUCAAUUAGUUUUCAUCAGAUCUUCACCAAACUUGGUCAGAAGUUGUAUCUAGAUGAUCUUAAGGCCAAGUUCGAACAUGGGCCUUGCCGGGUCAAAAACUAGGUCACAGGGUCACUUAGUGCGUUUUUUAACAUUCAGCAUGGUGUCUUCUUUUCUAUUCAAGUAGUUUUCAUCCGAUCUUCACCAAACUUGGUCAGAAGUUUUAUCUAGAUUAUCUGAAGACUAAGUUUGAACAUGGGCCAUGCCAGAUCAAAAACUAGGUCACAGGGUCACUUAGUACGUUUUACACAUUGAGCAUGGUGUCUGCUCUCUAAUUCAAGUAGUUUAAAUCCGAUCUUCACCACACUUGGUCAGAAGUUGUAACUAGAUGAUGUGUAGGUCAAGUUCGAACAUGGGCCAUGCCGGGUCAUAAACUAGGUCAUGGGGUCACUUAGUGUGUUUUAAACCUCGCCAUGUUGUCCGCUCUCUAAUUCAAGUAGUUUUUAUCCAAUCUUCACCAAAAUUGGUCAGAAGUUGUAUCUUGAUAAUGUCUAGGGCAAGGUUGAAUAUGGGUCAUGCCGGGUCAAAAACAAGGUCACGGGGUCACUUAGUGCGUUUUAAACAUCACAAUGUUGUCCGCUCUCUAAUUCAAGUAGUUUUCAUCCAAUCUUCACCAAACUUGGUCAGAAGUUGUAUCUAGAUGAUGUCUAGGUCAAGUUUGAAUAUGGGUCAUGCCAGGUCAAAAACUAGGUCACGGGGUAUCUUAGUGCGUUUUAAACCUCACCAUGUUGUCCGCUCUCUAAUUCAAGUAGUUUUCAUCCAAUCCUCACCAAACUUGGUUACAAGUUUUAUCUAAAUGAUCUCUAGGACAAGUUUAAAAAGGGGCCCUUCCAGGCCUAAAACUAGGUCACGGGGUCACUUAGUGCGUUUUUUAAAAUUCAGCAUGGUGUCUGCUCUCUAAUUCAAGUAGUUAACACCCCAUCUUCACCAAACUUAGUCAGAAGUUUUAUGGAGAUGAUCUUAAGGCCAAGUUAGAACAUGGGCCUUUCUGUGUCAAAAACUAAGUCUAGGGGUCACUAAGUGCGUUUUAAAAAUUGAGCAUGGUGUCCGCUGUUUUGUGUGAAGACGACAUGCAAAAUAUUAUGUGUCAAUGCGGCAUGUGGGGGUAUUCGUCACGUCUGUGACAAAACUCUAGUUGUCUGCAGGACUGGUAUUGUACAUACACGAAAGUGAGAAAAACAUGUAUAUACGCAUGCAUUAGGCAUAGAUUGUGCUGAUGUUUGGAUAUUACUGUUAGACUUUAUGAACCUUUGUAAAAGUUGUAAAGUAUGUGAUGCAAUAAUGUUCCACAAUGUUACAAUUCUCAUGAUCUUGGGAAGGGUUUUUUUAAACAGGCCAGUAAUGCUGUGGGAACAUUUAUCAAACUGAUUUGUAUACAUGUACGGCAAUUAUUGUUCAUGUAUACUGGUAACUUUUGUUUGAUAUUGGUAGUUUCAUAUAGUUUAUUGUAGUAUGAUAGAUUUAUCCUCCCAAUGUUGCUUUGCUCUUCUUCUGAUAAAUGAUAACAUUAACCUGCUAAAAGUACAAUUUAAUAAGCGUUGUGCUGUAAAAAAAAUUAAAUGGUUAACUAUGGAUAUACAAAUUCAAAAAUUAUCAAUAUCAAAAUCUUAUUAAAAUGUUAUUAUGAUAUGCUCUUUUUUUUAUAGAAUAUAUGUACAUUUUGUAAAAGACUAUACUCUUAUUAUUCAAUUGAUUUAUACUUUUAAGAUUUUUCAAUAACUGCUGAUUACAACCCAAAAAAGUUAUUUUGUUCUAACUGAUGUGAUUUUUUUUCUAUUAUCAUUAAUUGAGUAAUGUUUAACUGCAUCUGAAUUUUUAUUUCACUUUGUAUUGAUUUAUCUAUAUUAUAUAAAUAAUCUGUGAUUCUUAAGGUUGUGAAUAUUUUUUGUACUCGUAUUCAAUUAUGUUAUCAACUUUUUACAAUCUAUAUUUGUUUUACAUAUUGUAUACUGAAAUAUCAAUUUCAAAACACAUGCAAUGCGCCACUCUUUCUAUAAAAUUCUUAUUCUUUGUGCCAUAUGAUUUGUUCGUAUGAUGUAAUAGUUAUCAAUUUGUUUAAAAAAAUUAACAUGCAAUUUCAUUGGACGGAAGACUUCUCAAGCUGUAAAACUGUAAAUUUGAUUAUAUUUACUAACAUUUUUUUAUACAUUUAGCAUAGAUGUUGUGGUUUUGUCCCAUAUGGUGCUGUAAAUGUAUAUAUUGUUGUUUAUUAAGUAGCAGUUGGAAGAAAUAUUUCCUCACUCAUUUUACAUUCUAUUCUAAUUUAUGUUGCAAGCUUGUAUUCAUUAGGGUCCACAUGUGUCAGCUGUGCUUGGUAUUCUGCAUGCUUGGAUUUAGAACAUAAUUAUUAUUGAUAACAAAUAUUUCAAAACGUUUGGUUUCCUCAUUCAUUAUUGUCCCCUACCCGUGAAACCGGAGGGGACGUAUGGUUUGCGCUCUGUCUGUCAGUCAGCCGGUCCAUCAGUCAGUGUCACUUUUUACUGAAUCCUGCGAUAACUUUAAAAGUUCUUCAUAUUUUUUCAUGAAACAUUAACAUGGAUAGAUGGCAAUAUGAUAUGGAGAUUAUGCACGUCAUUUCAUUUUGUUCCUAUGUCAAGAAUUCUGUUGGCUAUGGAAACAAAUAUAAAAAAAAUCUGACAAUGGUGGAGUUUCACCGGUAGGGGACCGACCAUAUUGCUUGGCAAUCUCUUGUUAGUGCUAUUUUGUUCAUGCAAAAAAACACAUAGUUAAUUGAAAAAAAUGCAAAAUAUUCACAGGACACCAAUAAGUCUAUCAUUUUAUCUAGUUAUUGAUGUCAAAUAUGGAGUGACCUACUCAGAUAUUGCAGUUAAGUCUGCACACACUAUACAGUAUACGAAAUCCAUUAUGGUUGGUCUCAAAUGCCUCUUUGUAAAUGGCAAACAUUUUAUGUAUUAUUUUAAGACUGAUUUGCAAUAAGUAUAAAAUAUAAAAAAUAUAGCAUUAUUGUAUGCAAUGGUAUUUAUUCAAUUACCAAAGUGUUUGAUAGAUAUCUAAAGCAUUAACAAUAUUUUUGAAGUGUCCCAAAACUUUAACCUUGGUUAAAGUUUUUGCAAUAACUUUUGCAUUAUUGAAGAUAGCAACUUGAUAUUUGUAUGCAUGCAUCUGUAUCUCAUGAAGCUGCACAUUUUGAGUGGUGAAUGGUCAAGAUCAAGGUCAUCCUUCAAGGUCAAAGAUCAAAUGUAUGGCUUCAAAGCAGCGCAAUAGGGGGCAUUGUGUUUCUGACAAACACAUCUCUUGUUCUUUUUCUGAAGUAAAAUUGUUCCAAACCCAUCUUUACACAAAAAAAUCACAACAAAUCCAGACAUGCUUUAUUUUGUUUUGUUGAUUUAAUGGGAAUGCAAAUUGAUUUUUUGCACAUGAGCUUCCAACUAUUAAACGGUACAUAAGCUUUAAUAAUUUAACAUUAUAUAAGAUUUAGUAAUAUAUUGGAGAGUAGAAUCUCAAUCAAAAUCAAUCUGAAUUUAUUAUUUUGUAAUCAUUACAUUUCAGCUAUUUCAAUGAAAUUUAAUAUGCAAUAUUUAUCAUGCCAUUAAACGAAUCAUGUUUGAAUUUACAUUGUUGUUAAGCAAUUUGAUGUCUCAUGUAUAUAUAUGUGCACAGCAAUAAAUGUAGAGCUAG